GCAAAGAGAAACAGAGAGAGAGUCAAAGAGUAAAAUCGCGUAAUGUCUCUCUUCUUGUUUUCCAUUUAGUGAACUCGCGGCGUUUCGCGGAUAAUGUCCGAGAAUGUCCAUUUCUGGGACUUUGAGCAACUAUUACGUGGACUCCAUCAUAAGUCACGAGAGCGAUGAACUCUCAACCCCGGCUCGCUUUCCCGGCGUCCACCAGUACUCCGGCUCGAGCUCCUCCGCGGCCGCGGGUGGGAGGCAGCCCGAACACCCCCACCCGGAGUCCUACCCGUCCUGCAGCUUCCAGCCGAAGCCCCCGGUCUUCUCUUCCUCCUGGAGCCCGUUUAGCCCGCACCACGGAGCCAGCGGCCUCCCAACCGUCUACCACCCGUACAUCCCAGCGCAGCACGUGCCCGCCGCGGACACACGCUACCUCCGCUCAUGGCUGGACUGCGCGCCGCGCGGCUCCGAGGCUGUCCCGGGGCAGGGCCAGGCGGGGCAGGUCAAGCUGGAACCUCAGCUAGGACACCACGGCGGAGAGAUCCCGACUAAACUCAGCGGACAGAUCCAGCAGGAGACCACCACUUACAUUCUGGAGUCUGCGUCCACGGCCGCGCGCGAGCUAAAUCUCCAUCCGGCCGCCAUCCCGAGAGCAGGUUUCGAAGAAAAUAAGGACAUUUGUGAUGGGAGUGAGGACAAAGACGUCCCGGAUCAAACUGACCCUUCGGUAAACUGGCUACAUGCACGCUCCUCCCGGAAGAAGCGAUGCCCGUACACCAAAUACCAGACGCUCGAGCUGGAGAAGGAGUUCCUGUUCAACAUGUACCUCACGCGGGACCGGCGGCAUGAGGUGGCGCGAGCACUCAACCUGACGGAGCGGCAGGUGAAGAUCUGGUUUCAGAACCGGAGGAUGAAAAUGAAGAAACAGAGCAAGGACCAUCCCAAGGACUAGCGGGACUCUCAAUGGCGAUGACGCACGCAUACACCAAAAGUCCCAUAUUGCUUAUGUCUUAACCGCAAACUCUCUCUCUCUCACACACACCACACACACACACACACACACACACACACACACACACACACACACACACACACACACACACACACACACACACACACACACACACACACACACUUGCGGAAGCUCGUAAACACGUCUGACGUUUAAACCUUCAUUUGAGGCUUUGGUAAAAUCUCACAGGUGUUUGUGUGUGGGGGGGGGUUAUUUUUCUCCAGUACUACUCUGCUUUUAGUUAUUUAUUGUUCCGUAGCUGAAUAAACCGGGUUUCACAUGGCCAUUAAUAAGCAA